AUGAGCCCGCCGAAAGAGCCUGCAGAUCGACUUCAUGAUCGUUCUCAUGGGGGAUCCAGCCUUUCUGCAGAGUCUCUCUCUGCUGCUGCAUGCUCUCUCUUGAGUGGUGAAGGGGGAGAACGUCCAACAGCUGCAGGGGACCCCACACUGGGAGCCGUGGAAGCCUUUCCUACGGAGUUUGUUCUCGCGCCGAGCUUGUUAGCCGUGGCUUUGAGGCGCUGCUUGAAGCCUCUGCGAGUUCGCAGGCUUUUCCACGAAGCGGCGUGCAUUGCUCUUGCCAACGUCACUGCUGUCGGAGACACCGCGCGGGUUCUUCUCACCGACAAUCAGCUGAGGGUCCUCAUCAAGCGGUGCACGAGACUCAAAUCUCUUGAGAUUGACGGAUUUUUGUUGACUCCGAAAGGCCUCCACGCCCUGCGGGAGGCGCCUCUGGAGGCUUUGGCGCUCGCAGGCAUUGAGCAGAAAGAUGACGCAUUCUUAGAAGCGCUGCACGGAACCUGCGAGCGGCUGCGAUCGUUUGGCUUCGUUUGCUACGGCGGAGAAGCAUUCAGCAUCGGCGCUUUGGAGGCUCUUGGACGCUCUUUGAAGAACCUCAGGAGUGUUGUAAUCGAGGCUCGAGACGAACGACUCACGGACACCCUCGCGGAGGCCGUCACUGCUGCAGCUGCAUGCACGCUCCGCAGUCUGACGGUUGGGGGCAUCACCGAGAGCUGCCUGUUGCGUACUGCCCAGCGCGUGGGACCGCAACUUCACACUUUCAGCUAUACGCGGCUGAACGUCGAAGGGGCCCCCGUGAGCGACGCCUUGCUGCACAUGUGCGCCCUGAGGAUGCGAAGCCUCUCGACGCUCCGCAUCUGUGAUGCUCUUUCCCCCCGAGCUCUACAGGGCAUCCCUAGGGGCCUCCACCAAUACACAGUAUGCCCUGCCCCCACAUCCCAACUGAAGGCAUUGACGCUGAGCCGCAGCUUUGGCUUGCCCUUCGCGGUCCUCUCGAACAUCGAUUUCAUGACGCUUGCACGAUCGCUCUCCUCCAACUUGGAGGAGCUCGAGCUUAACGGGCUGCACGGCGUUUCCGACGCAUUCCUCCACGAGGCUUUGGAUGCCUGUGGCUCUGGAACCCCGGAGGGAGAUCCUCUUUGGUUGGAGCGACCUCCAAGGAAGAAAAGGCGCUGGGCCCUGCAGCCUUCUCCAGAGAGACUGCACAGCUGGAGGCUGAAGAAGGUGUCUCUUGAAGCCUCAGAUAUCUCGGACGUGGGUUUGCAGACGCUCGCAACAUCCCUGGGCACCGAACUCGUCAGUUUAUGUCUGAAGGGAUGCCACGCAAUAAGCGAAGGAGGCCAUGCUGCCAUUGCUGCUUGCUGUCCAAAUUUAAUCGCUUUGAACCUAGGAGCGUGCUCGGGAGUCAAUGACCUCAGUGUAGGACAACUCCUAAACGGCUGCAACAGCUUAAGAACCCUCGUGCUAAACGACGCCAGAAUUACGGAUCUCUCUCUGAACGCGAUUGGUCACUGUCUGGGGUCUUCUAUUCUGGAAUUAGCCCUCCACAGAAACGACAGACUGACAGAUGAGGGCCUUGGGGCCCUCGCUGCUGCCUGCCCCUCCCUACGGAGACUGUCGCUCUCCAAGUGCACGCACUUGGGGGAUCCAGGAAUUAUUGCCAUUGCGGAGGGCUGUAGGAGGCUUGUGAGCCUUCGUCUGGACGGCACCAAGACCGUAAGUUCCUUCCCUGAAUUUCAGUCCCAGGGAUGA